CUGCCAAGGGCAUGGGAGAUUCUGGCAGUGGAGGCACUGAGCCUCCUCACAGGGCCACUGUGAGAAGAUCCACAUGUUGAGCUUCCUUCUAACCAGGAGACUCUGGAAGUCCAGGCCACAUUUGCUGAGGGGACCAGAUAUGACCCAAAUGCAGACAUAGGGCCCGGGAUGGCACUCUUGGUGACAGGGCUGACUGUCUUCUCCCUCCUGCAAACUGCCCUCUCCCUGAACCCCGAGGACCCCAAUGUGUGCAGCCACUGGGAGAGCUAUGCCGUGACCGUCCAGGAGUCCUACGCACACCCUUUCGACCAGAUCUACUAUACCCGGUGCACAGACAUCCUCAGCUGGUUCAAGUGCACCAGGCACCGGAUCAGUUAUAAGACAGCGUAUCGGCGUGGCCUCCGGACCAUGUACCGGCGCAGGUCCCAGUGCUGCCCUGGCUACUACGAGAAUGGAGACUUCUGCAUACCCCUGUGUACGGAGGAGUGUGUGCAUGGCCGCUGCGUUUCCCCGGACACCUGCCACUGUGAGCCUGGCUGGGGAGGGCCCGACUGUUCCAGUGGCUGUGACAGCGACCACUGGGGUCCCCACUGCAGCAAUCGGUGCCAGUGCCAGAAUGGAGCCCUGUGCAACCCCAUCACGGGCGCCUGCGUGUGUGCCGCCGGCUUCCGCGGCUGGCGCUGCGAGGAGCUCUGUGCGCCGGGCACCCACGGCAAGGGCUGCCAGCUGCCGUGCCAAUGCCACCAUGGAGCCAGCUGCGACCCUCGCACCGGCCAGUGCCUCUGCGCCCCGGGCUACACGGGAGUCUACUGUGAGGAGCUGUGUCCACCGGGGAGCCACGGGGCUUACUGUGAGCUGCGCUGCCCCUGCCAGAAUGGGGGCACCUGCCACCACAUCACUGGAGAGUGUUCCUGCCCCCCAGGCUGGACGGGAGCAGUGUGUGCCCAGCCCUGCCCACCAGGGACAUUCGGCCAGAACUGCAGCCAGGACUGUCCCUGCCACCAUGGAGGGCAGUGUGACCAUGUGACUGGGCAGUGCCACUGCACAGCUGGCUACAUGGGGGACAGGUGCCAAGAAGAGUGCCCAUUUGGGACCUUUGGCUUCCAGUGCUCGCAGCGCUGUGACUGCCACAAUGGAGGCCAGUGCUCGCCCACCACCGGUGCCUGCGAGUGUGAGCCCGGCUACAAAGGCCCGCGCUGCCAGGAGCGGCUGUGCCCCGAGGGACUGCAUGGCCCGGGCUGCACCUUGCCCUGCCCCUGUGAUGCCGACAACACCAUCAGCUGCCACCCAGUAACUGGAGCGUGCACCUGCCAGCCAGGCUGGUCUGGCCACCACUGCAAUGAGUCCUGCCCUGCUGGCUACUAUGGCACUGGCUGCAAGCUGCCUUGCACCUGUCAGAACGGCGCCGACUGCCACAGCAUCACUGGGAGCUGUACUUGUGCCCCAGGCUUCAUGGGAGAGGUCUGUGCAGUUCCUUGUGCCGCGGACACCUACGGCCCCAACUGCUCAUCCGUCUGUACCUGUAACAAUGGUGGCACCUGCUCCCCCAUGGAUGGCUCCUGUACCUGCAAGGAAGGGUGGCAAGGCCUGGACUGCACCCUGCCGUGUCCCAGCGGGAUGUGGGGCCUGAACUGCAAUGAGAGCUGCACGUGUGCCAAUGGGGCAGCCUGCAGCCCCACAGACGGCUCCUGCUCCUGCACCCCUGGCUGGCUCGGAGACACCUGUGAACUGCCCUGCCCAGAUGGCACAUUUGGGCUAAACUGCAGCGAGCGUUGUGACUGCAGCCACGCGGACGGCUGUGAUCCUGUCACAGGCCACUGCUGCUGCCUGGCCGGAUGGACAGGCAUCCACUGUGACAGCAUGUGCCCACCUGGUCGCUGGGGCCCCAAUUGCUCUGUGUCCUGCAGCUGUGAGAACGGUGGCUCCUGCUCCCCAGAGGAUGGGAGCUGCGAGUGUGCCCCUGGCUUCCGAGGACCCUUGUGCCAGAGAAUCUGCCCCCCCGGGUUCUAUGGCCACGGCUGCACCCAGCCAUGUCCCCUCUGCGUGCACAGCAGUGGUCCUUGUCACCACAUCAGCGGCCUCUGCGAGUGCCUCCCUGGAUUCUCCGGAGCCCUCUGCAAUCAAGUGUGUGCUGGAGGGCGCUUUGGGCAGGACUGUGCCCAGCUCUGCUCCUGUGCCAACAACGGGACCUGCAGCCCCAUCGAUGGCUCCUGCCAGUGCUUUCCUGGAUGGAUUGGCAAGGACUGCUCCCAGGCUUGCCCACCAGGGUUCUGGGGCCCUGCCUGCUUCCACACGUGUAGCUGCCACAACGGGGGGAGCUGUAGUGCCGAGGACGGCGCCUGCCACUGCACCCCAGGCUGGACUGGACUCUUCUGCACGCAGCGCUGCCCCACAGCAUUUUACGGGAAGGACUGUGGGCGCGUGUGCCAGUGUCAGAAUGGUGCCAGCUGUGACCACAUCAGCGGCAAGUGCACCUGCCGCACAGGCUUCACUGGGCGACACUGUGAGCAGAGAUGUGCCCCAGGAACCUUUGGCUACGGGUGUCAGCAGCUAUGUGAGUGCAUGAACAAUGCCACCUGUGACCACGUCACCGGCACCUGUUAUUGCAGCUCUGGAUUCAAAGGAAUACGGUGCGACCAAGCUGCCCUCAUGAUGGAGGAGCUGAAUCCCUACACCAAGAUCAGCCCGGCGCUGGGUGCAGAGCGGCACUCGGUAGGCGCUGUCACAGGCAUCGUCCUCCUGUUGUUCCUCAUUGUGGUGCUGCUGGGCCUGUUUGCCUGGCGCCGGCGGCAACAGAAAGAGAAAGGCCGUGACCUGGCUCCCCGUGUCUCCUACACACCGGCCAUGAGGAUGACCAGCACAGACUACUCGCUCUCAGAUUUGUCUCAAAGUAGCAGCCAUGCCCAGUGCUUUUCCAAUUCCAGCUACCACGCACUGGCGUGCGGGGGGCCUGCCACCAGCCAGGCCAGCACUCUGGACAGGAACAGCCCCACCAAGCUCAGUAACAAGUCUCUUGACAGAGAAACACCAGGCUGGACCCCCUACAGCUUUGUGAACGUGUUAGACUCCCAUUUCCAGAUCAGUGCCCUGGAGGCCAGGUACCCGCCCGAGGACUUCUACAUUGAACUUAGACACCUCAGCCGCCCCGUUGAGCCACACUCACCAGGUGCUUGUGGAAUGGACAGACGUCAGAACACAUACAUUAUGGACAAAGGCUUCAAAGAUUACAUGAAAGAAUCCGUGUGCAGUUCUAGCACUUGUUCCCUGAAUAGCAGUGAAAACCCUUACGCCACAAUUAAGGACCCACCCAUCCUCACCUGCAAGCUUCCAGAAAGCAGCUAUGUAGAAAUGAAGUCGCCUGUGCACAGGGGGUCUCCGUACACAGAUAUGCCAUCCUUGUCGACAUCUAAUAAAAAUAUAUAUGAAGUUGGCUCCUGGAUAAGACGCCUACCUCUAGGAUAUUCUAAACCUCUUGGUUUUGACCCAGAGCCUGGGAUUCUGAUAGUAUACUCACUUAGGUUUUCCAUUUCACGAGCAAACCUCAGUCCUAACCCUCAUAUUUAUCAUAGAUUCCCUGGCUUCUUUCCCUACCAAGUUAAAUAGAACUCUAUUCCCCCCAACAAGGCAAGCAAAGCUAAUCUGUUCUCUGAACUCAUUUUUCACUAUAUUCCUUAGAGCCCACAAUCAAUGUGGUCCAAGAAGGCCUCGGUCAUAACUCCAGCUAUAUCCAGAAUCCAUACGACCUACCUAGGAACAGCCAUAUUCCUGGUCAUUAUGACCUGCUCCCAGUAAGACAAAGCCCUGCCAAUGGGCCCUCCCAGGACAAGCAGUCUUGAGAGAGAAGCCUCUCUCGCAAUGUGCUCUGCUGAAUAUUCUGACUCUCUGAAAGAAGACAAUCCCCUGACUUGAAAUAAUGAUACAGACUGACUUCAGCUGCGUGUUAGUUAUUCCUUUCACCUGGAACUAAAGAAGAGCUUCCAAGUGGGACUGGGGUAAUUGUUCAAACGGUCUGUUCACAAAGGCAAAUCCUAUCACCCACCCACACCCAACCCAAAAUGCCCAGGACUAUAUGAUCUUUUAAAACAUUUAAGAUACAGCUACUCAUCAGCAUCAGCUAAAUAUAUAUAUUGAUAUACUUAAUUAUCUGAAACAUGAUGCUUAGACAACACGUAGCAUAGGUUUCACAAACUUCCUAGGGGGAAGGAGAAACUGGGGAGGGGAAUGGAUUACUUUAAAGCACCUGAAAUGUAUAUGUACUUUUGGUUGCUGUUACCUUCAACCUCUGUUUCACUACCUAAGUAGUACACAGACACAAACUGCUAAUAUCACUACUAAAGUACCUACACAUGUCUGAUCCAUAAGUCACAAAGGCCAAGAUUACAGUAUACAGUCUAAUACUGACAACUUCAGGUUUUAAAAACAAGACUUUAAUAAAUACAAAUGAACUAUCCCUCUUCUGCUCUUCAUGGUAGUAGAAGGGCAGAAAGUUUCCAAAGCGCAAGCAGCCUCUUUCAGUCUACAACAACGAUUUCUAGGCCAGCUUUACCAAAUCUUGCUGAUUCGAGAUUCAACAACAUUGCCCAGUCCCGGCCUUGUCACGUCUCCUUAGUCUAUCCAACACCUGAGUCAUUCCAGGUGAACUAGAACUUUUGAGAUGAUGCUUGAAGCAAUCAGUCACAGACUGGUGAUAAUUAAGUAUCCCUAAAAAUGGCUAUUUGGCCUCUCAAAUUUAUUUGGUUGGUAUUCCUCAACUCAGAAGAGUACUUGUUUUCAAGCAUUUCUUUCUAAAUCUUGAGCUUGAUAUAGUAUAGGACCUAAAAGUGUAGAGGAAAUUGGACAAAAGUGGAUACAGCAAGUUUAAUAGGCUGCUUAAAGUACAUUAUGCUUUUUGAUGGAACUAAACGAAAUGAUCAAAGAAUAGAUUGUAAUCAGGUGCUAUAACAUGAUGUAAAACUUUACAGUAAACAGCAUAUAAAGAUAUGAAGUUACUUCCCUACUGAGAGGGCCCAAAACAUACUACAACGAGCUCAUGCUCCAGAUCCUGGUAUUCAGAUGUGUCCAUGCCUUCCCCCAGUAAUGAAUACAGGUAGACUGGGGCUCAGGAGUUAAAGUGGAUCCAACUCCCAAGCCCUAAAAAAGAGGACGUUCUCGCAAGAAUUAUAGACCAGAAGGGCAAACAGAGGAAACUAAUGGCCACCCCUAUACCAUUCCAUUCUCUGGUAACAGUCCAGUCAGUAAAAAUUCCUUCCAAAGACAUAUACAGAAGAGGGACUCAACGGCCGCAGAGCUGGAAUACAGCUGCUACAGGAAGUGUGGGAGUCCUGAGGCCCUUGAUACAACCUGGAAGUCUGCCACGGAACCCAUUAGUUUGGGCAAUAACCAGCAAAAGCAAGAAAAGAAAUAAAUGAGUAAAUCCCCCUUCCUUACUUCAUGCAAGGCUUAAGCAAAUUUUACUGUUAGGGGAAAAUAUAGAAUACUUACAUGAAUGCUGCAUGUGUGCAUGGGAGCAAGUGAUCAGCAAUAGCAAAUUUCCUUUCCACAGAAGCCUUACGAAAUAGAAAUAUUAGAAAAUUCCUUUGUAGACCCAAGUAAAUAUUUCUCAUAUAUACGUAGAAAGAAAUAGAGAUAAGAGACUUACCUCAGUAUGUCAGGGCAGCAAAGUGCUCAAUUAUCUUUGUAAAGCAAGGAUCGAGAAGCAUGGCGAAGUCAGAUCAGCCAGGAGAAACUUCAUCUGAAUCCCAGGUUUUAUCUUCUUCCCCUACCCUGCAUGUACAGUACCUGCUGCCUGGCAAACUGCAAACAAGCAGCAGCAUUCAGGUUUUGCCUCUUUUUUGCCAACUGUCUCAUGGGCAAAAUUCGGCAAGAGGUGGCAUGGUGGAAUUGCUUAAAGCACUGGGUCAGGAGGGUGACUUGGCCUUUCUGGGCUCCUUUCUUCCUUGUGUAUUAAAAAGGAGAGAAGUAGAGAAUAAGGGAGCUCUCACAACCCCCCAGCUCUGGCAUUCUAGGGUUUUUAAAGAAAUGUAAUGCAAUUCAUAUUAGGCAACACAGAGAAGGGAAAGGCAGAGGGUGUGAUUAAUCUACGGAGACAACAGCUGCCUUCACAUAUCUAAGAGUUACUGGUAAGAGACAUUUGAAUCUUACAGAGCAACUGUUAGGAACAAAAUUCUGUCUGGCACUAUCACACAUAGGUUCAUGGUCAACCUAAAUAUGUGCACUGUGCAUUUUAUUGGCAACUUGGAAAGAUCUGUUUGAUUAUUUUACAGAAACUAGUUUUCACUCAAAGUGAUGUGCAUACAAUUCAAACAAAGAAAACACUAUUAUUGUACAAUAGCAUAUGUGAAACUAUGAAAUGGCAAUACUUUUUUAAAUAACCCAGAUUUGUAAUAUAUUUGUUCAGUGUGCAGAGGGAUCGUACCUUGUACAAAAUAAAAUGAAUUUCUCAAACUAA